CUGUGUGCUCUGAAGGCGAGUGGUCGUGCGCGAGUGUGCGGCGGCGAAGUGUGAGUGUUCAAAGAAUCAAUUGUACGAGCAACUGCACGAGUCCUCCGCAGACUGUGAAUUGGGAUGUCCUAACCUAUGGAUAGAGCCGGCGGGCGGUUUUGACACCAGGCAGAGAGCGACGAUAACGGAGGGAAGAGGAGAAGAAGAAGAAGAAAAAAAUGGGCGACGAAUCCAGCGUUCGUGUCGCGAUCAGGAUCCGUCCGCAGAUCGCGCGCGAGCUGAUCGAGAUGUGCCGCGUGUGCACCAGCGUGACGCCCGACGAGCCGCAGGUGUGGCUGGGCUCGGACAAGGCCUUCACCUACGACUACGUGUUCGACAUGGGCACCACGCAAAGCCAGGUGUACGACGCGUGCGUCAGCGGCCUCAUCGAGGGCUGCUUCGACGGCUACAACGCCACCGUCCUCGCCUACGGACAGACGGGCUCGGGCAAGACCUACACGAUGGGCACGGGCCUGGAGGUGGAGGGCGGCGGCGACGCGGUGGGCAUCAUCCCCCGCGCCGUGGCUCACCUCUUCCAGGGCAUCGACGAGCGGAGGGCGGCCGCGGCGGAGGCCCAGACCACGCCCCCCGAGUUCAAGGUCACCGCCCACUUCAUGGAGCUCUACAACGAGGAAAUCAUCGAUCUGUUCGAACCCAACUAUAGGCCCGGCAGCGGCAAGGGCGGCAUCCGCAUCCACGAGGACGCCGGCGGAGGGAUCUACGUGACGGGCAUCACCACCCGCACCGUGACCUCGCUGGACGAGACCAUGCAGUGCCUGCGGGCCGGCGCGCUCUCCCGGACCACGGGCUCCACCAACAUGAACACGCAGUCCUCCCGCUCGCACGCCAUCUUCACGCUCCUGGUCAGGCAGCAGAGGCUGGCGCCCAUUCAGGAUGCGGAGAAUACGGAGGAGGUGCCUGAGUUCGAGACGCUGACGGCCAAGUUCCACUUCGUGGACCUGGCUGGCUCGGAGCGGCUCAAGCGCACGGGCGCCACGGGCGAGAGGGCCAGGGAGGGCAUCUCCAUCAACUGCGGCCUCCUGGCCCUCGGGAACGUGAUCUCGGCCUUGGGGGACGUGAGCAAGAGGGCGACGCACGUGCCCUACAGAGACUCCAAGCUCACGCGCCUUCUGCAGGAUUCCCUCGGGGGUAACAGUAGAACGUUAAUGAUUGCCUGCGUCUCACCAAGUGACACAGACUUCAUGGAGACGUUAAACACCUUGAAGUACGCCAAUCGGGCACGUAACAUCAAGAACAAGAUUAUGGUUAACCAGGAUAAGGCCAGUAAAGCCAUUGCAAUACUGAGGCAGGAGAUUCAGCAACUCAAACUGGAGCUGAUGGAGUACCAACAGGGAAAGCGCAUUGUUGGGGAGGACGGAAUGGAAGCUAUCAAUGAUAUGUACCACGAGAACCAGAUGCUCUCCACUGAAACCAACAACUUGCGUACAAGAGUGAAAGCACUGCAGGAGACUGUUGAGGUGUUAACGCAGAAAAACACCAUGCUCCUAGCAGAGAAAGAAACCAGUGGAUGGGCCAGCUCUGGUGAGGACAAUGAUAUGGCUACAGUUGUACAAGGUUACCUUAAGGAGAUUGAAGACCUAAGAGCAAAGUUGUGUGAGAGUGAGAACCUCUGCCAGCAGCUCCGAAAGCAGCUCAAUAACCGAACCAACACCCUCGGCAGGAUGUCUUUAUCCCCUCUACACGUCCCAAUGUCUGGGUCAAUGUAUAGUGAGGUAGAGGAAGGCACGCAGAGCUUUGCCGAAUUGAUUGAGGAGGCCAAGAGGGACUUAAACAAAGACCUCCAGGUAGUUGAAAGGAAGAAGAGGAUAUCGGAAGGGUCAGGCUCUGCAGACGAAGAUGAAGAUGAAGCAGAGGCAGAAGAGAAUGAGGAAGCAGAGAGUUCUGAUGAAAGCGGGGAAGAUAAAGAAAACCUUAACGAAGAGCUAGCGGAGCUGACAAGUGAGAUCUCCAUCAAGCAGAAGCUGAUAGAAGGCCUGGAGCAGAGCCAGCGGCGGCUGGAGACCAUGAGGCAGCAGUAUGAGGACAAGCUGAAUGUCCUCAUGAACAGGAUCAAGGCCACCCAGGAUGAGAGAGACAAGGUGCUGGCUCACAUCAAAGGGAGCAGCAGUGCAGGAGAAGACAAGGUGAAGCAGGUGAAGCAAGAUUAUGAGAGGAAGAUCACCAAUAUGCAGCAAGAGAUGAAAAAGCUCCAGGCUGCUCAGAAAGAACAUUCCAAACUGAUGAGGGAACGGUCACAGCACGAGAGGCAGUUGAGGACUCUCAAGUCGGAUUUGGCAGAGAUGAAGAAGACAAAAGUUAAGCUCAUGAACAAGAUGAAGGAAGACAGCAGCCGUGCUAAGCAGGAUCAGCUGAAGAAGAACAAAGAGAUUGCCCAGCUGAGGAAGGCUUCGCGCAAGCAGGAGACCUACAUCAAGAGCUUGGAGGCAGAGAACCGGCUGAAGAAUGUUGUGCUGAAGCGCAAGACUGAGGAACUUGCUGUGCUGAAGAGAGCGCCGAGACAAGGCCUGAGUAAUAAGGCUGCGGGAAGACUUAGCAGGAGGGGCGUAAUGGGUCAGCAGCAGGUUUCGUUCUCUCCCAAGGUUGCUAAACAGAAGUGGCAGAACAUUGAACAGACUAUCAAUAAGGUUGCUUACAACAAGCAGACUGUCAGCAGUAUGGAAAGAGAUAUGGAAAGAUGGUUGAAAGAACGCGAAUCCCUGAGCAGACAGCUUGAGAGAGUAAUGAGGAAGAGAGAGCGUCUGGACCCGGUAGACAUCGCCAGCUAUAAUGAUCUGAAUGACCAGGUUGAGGCUCUGAAGGCCAAUAUUGACUACAUCCAUGAGAACAUCCAGGAGUGCCAGGAGAAUAUCAUGAGCAUGGAAGAGAGCAAGGAAUCUUCAGAUCUUUUGCAAACAGGAACUGUCACAAGCAGCUUAAACUUAGACGAAUCACACUACCUCAUUAGCAAGCUCAUUAAUAUGACAAUAAACCAAGCAACAAUAGCAGCUCAGAGACAAGCUUCAAUAUCUGAGCUUGAGGGCAAGAUGAAGCAGAUGGAACAAACAACAAGUGUCCAGGAACAACUUUUGGCUCACGUUCUGGGAGACAAAGACCUUGAGGUUUAUAGCCUUAUGUCGUCCCUGGUGGCUGCCGAGGACAACACUCCAGCAUCCACCGAGUCCUCGAGAUCUAAUUCUCCCACAGAUGGCCUGAUGGAGUCAUCUGCCACUUCGCUAGUCUUCUCCUCCGAUUCCCUAAAAAGGCGAGACAAAGCGCGGCGCAAGACUGCAACAACGGAAGACAUGCUCUUCACCAAUGGAUCAGAGAAAAAUGGGAAUGCAAGUGGCACGGAUACCAGUGCAAACACCACUCCAGCUGGGACCAUAGUCGGUGCAACUUCGAUAGCUGUCCUGGAACGUCUAGCAGCAGAACGCAGCAGUGCAGAACGCAUGUCCUCAAGUCUGGCGAUGGAUCGUAUGGCGACAAGCUUGGAAGGAGAUGAUGGUCUACUAAUGCCACCUCCUUCUAGCCAUAGGGCAGUCCCCAGAGUCACUUCAGCUCCAAAUCCACUUAAGAAUCUGAUGACCUAUCGGCCUGACAAAGCAUCACCCAUUCUUAGUCGCAAGACAUAUGACCGCCAAGAUUCCACUUCUCCCCGACUGGGUAGAAGGUCCCUCACCUCUCUUAGCACCUCUAACCUAAAUUAUUCACGACAAAAUUCUGCAGAUAAUAACCCAGAAAUGACCCCGCCAACGUCUCCCACCACAUACCGGCGAUCAACGUCUCGCGAAGAGAAUGUUUUCUCACGGCUAACUUCAACCACCUCCUCCACGCGGGAGGCUCGACCAGACACGGGCAUUAUUAACCCACACUCUGGGAGGGUAAGCCAGCGAUCAGUGCUGGCAUGCACACAUGUGGCUCAGGGGCACUCCAAAGCGGUGUUGUCAGUCUACGCUACUGAUGACCUACUCUUCUCUGCAUCCAAAGAUCGUACAGUUAAGGUGUGGGACUUGGUACGAGGCCAAGAGAUUCAGUCUCUGGGAGGUCAUCCCAACAAUGUGAAUUGUGUUAGGUACUGUGAGUCACAGAGGAUUUGCUACUCUGUUUCAUCUUCAUUUAUAAAGGUCUGGGAUAUCCGAGAAAACCCAGCAAAGUGCGUCAAGACCCUCAGCUCAGCAGGAUUAACUUCCUCUGGGCCAAUGCAAUCAAGCACUCAGUCAAGGACGCUUCAAAUGCCACCAGGAGAGACUCUCAUCACAGACAUAGCUGCGUCCACCUCUACUAAUAUUCUCUACUCAGCAGCUGGCAAUAUUGUUAGAAUAUGGGACUUGAGAAAGCACACAGCUGUAGGAAAGCUUGCAGGGGGUCACCAGGCAGCUGUCAUGUGUCUGGCUGUGGACUCCACUGUUCCAGGCCAAGAUGUCAUUGCAACAGGUUCCAAAGAUCACUACAUCAAGGUGUUUGACAUCUCAGGAAACACAACUGGCUUAGUCAACCCCAGAAUAAACCUGGAUCCCCCACACUAUGAUGGCAUCCAGUCCUUGGCUCUCUACGGGGACAUGCUGUUCUCUGGCUCAAGAGACAUGUGCAUCAAGAAGUGGGAUCUACAGCGAGGGGAGCUCGUACAGUCCCUGAAUAAUGCACAUAAAGACUGGGUGUGUGCGUUGUGUUUCACUCCUGGAGGACAAAUUGUAUUGUCAGGUUGUCGAGGAGGCGUAAUUAAGAUGUGGUCUACUGAGAGUUGCCAGUUAAUUGGUGAACUCCGAGCUCAUGCAUCUCCAAUUAAUGCCAUUACUACUAAUUCUACGUGCAUUUUCACGGCAUCAAAUGAUUGUACCAUUGGCAUGUGGAGGAUGAGGACAAGUUACGACGUUUCACCGGAGUUAUCGGAUGCUUCAUGAUGUGUCUUCUUUAGGGUUUAUUCUUAAGAAUGUCUCAGGCAGCUCCGACGUAUGUCCUCAUUAGUUUACAUGUUGUACUAGAGAACUAGUAUUUAUUAUCUUUACUUUUGAAUUGUCAGAAAAAUAGGAAUUCUUGAGUACUGUCAAUUUUAGGCCACACACUAAGGUUGUGGUUUUUAUCUCUGAAGGCUGGGAACUUGAAGAUAAUGCAUGGGUUCAUGCAUUUCUUGUGUUUUAAACUUAUGAAACCUCUAUGAUCUGGUUAUGUUUGUUUACAUGAGUAAUCUUUUUUUUCAUAGCAAAGAAGGAAAAGGCAAAUUAUCUUGAAAUUAGGAAACUAAUUGUGUGAUAUUUAUGCAGAUUGUAUAAUGUACUUUUAAAAGUGACUGAUGGAAAGAGAUACGGAAAUACUAGGUAGUGUUUGUUCUUCAAACAACUUGUAAUUCAUUAUGAGUAGCAUAUGAUAUAUAAUGAAAAUCAAAUGGAAUACUAGUGAGUGCAGUUAUCGCAUCGGCAUCAGCAGCAUUCCUCCACCACAUAUAAAUGGCUUGAAUAUCUUUAUUUACUGUAUCUCUACUUCUGGUAUUUGCAUCACAAUUUUAUCAAUUCAAAAAGAGAGUAGGUCGUAACUCCCCACAGGAGGAGGAAUGCGGUUCACUAUCUUUACAAAUGAAUAAUACAUACAGUUAGAUCCCAUAUUCAUUGCACUUUGAAAAUAACCUUUUGCCAGGUACAGCACUUUUGUGAAUCUAGUUUAAGAAUAGAUAAAGAUAUAAUAAAGGCCAUGUUAUGAAAUAAGUAUGGAAGUGAACACUGCUAUGCUAUAAUGAGCAUCAACUGUAAAGUUUGAUGUAGUGAGGAUAAAAGGGUCAAUGUUUGCAUGCAGGUCAUCAGGUCAAGUGACGCUGUGAUGGCCGCACCAACAUUCCCGCAUUUGCCAUUCCAGUGAAGGAGUCAAAUAGGUUGUGAUCUUCCCGUCGGUGGAGGCAGGCAGGCAUGAUGGUCGCCAGUUCUCAGUUAUCGGUUUUAAAAGCCCAUGAAUAUGGUGAAAGCGCUUGUGAUUUAUUCAAUAUCAUUGUAUUUUGAUAUUUCUUACAUACAAAAAGCUUAUGGUGCAGAAUGAAAUAUAAGCUUAUUUUGUCUGGCGAACUUUUAAAAAGCUUGAACUUUUGUCAAGUAGUAAUUCAUAUUCUAUUGCCAUCAUGUUCUGAAACCUCACCCUUUUUAUGCUGGGAUAUGCACCCCUCCCCCUUUUUUAAGAUAAAGAUUUAGCUUUACAAUUUACAGGAAUCUGUCAAAAUACCAAAUUGGUAUACUGUGUGCUAUAGAUAUAAGUGUCUUAUACAUCUGUCGUACUAUUUCUCUGUAUAUAUGUAUACAUUUCUUUUUAGUUCUGACUUUUGUACAGUCUUUGUUUUCCUGUUUUCAGUUUCUUUGUAUUUUUUAUUUUUUUGCUGGACAUUUUUCUAAGGAUUUUUUUUCUUCAAAUGAACUGAAGAUGGAGAAUUCAUAGUUUUAUAGAUAGAAGGGAAAUGUUCUUGCAUUAUGCUCAUUAUUUUAACUCUUAUUAUUAUGGCUAAUGGUCAUGAUAUUUUUUAUUUGUUCUUUUUGUAUGUAACCCAGUAUGCAAGGACCUUUGUAUGAGUGUGUGUGUGUGAGAGAGAGAAUUGUGUGGUUUCUCACUUUCUCACCAUUUAUUAGUGGGAAUAACUUGCAUACCUGUGACUGACUAUAAGAACAGUGUCUAGUGCUGUGAUAGCUAGGAUUGCUACAGUGGUUAUGUUAGUAGGAGUGGUUAUCCACAUGAGGAUUUUUUGGUUAAUGGAUAUUGCAGAAUGUUCCUGCAUUGUUUCACCUUCAAAUUAUUUAUAAUGAAUUUAUCUAGGCGUAUAUCAUUACAGUUAUGGUCGACUCUGGUCAUCAACCAAAUUCAUGUCCUGAUCCAUCAAUGCCCAAUUGAGAUUAUCUGUUACAAGUGAAAUUAAAUUAUUGCAAAAUGGUGAAUACUUGAUAAAAAAAAAUGUGCCUUAGAAAGCAAAAUCAUUUUCUGUUAACAUGAAAUGCAAAACACACUUCUACUCCAGAGAGAUUGCAUUGUUUAAGCCAGCUGUGAUAGACAAGUUGAUGCCCUUAGUUCUAUUCUUGCUUGUCAGUAUGACAUGAUUUUAACAUCCAACAUCUAAGGGUCAGAAUGGAUUAAUAUAUAACACAUUAUAAAUACCAUAUAUAUGUAUAUGUGUAUGUAAUCCAGAGCCUGCUAUAGCUUCUAGUUCAACAUAAGUUAACUUCCAAAGAAAUUAAAAAUGCAGUUUCAAAAUGGCAGCAGAUAUCUUAAUUGACUUCCUGUUUGACAGUAAACAACUACAGAAUGGCAGAAAUAAUUGUAUGACCAAGAAAUCUGGUCAAGAAAUGGAGUAUGCAGAAAAAAAAUGUAGUAUUAUUCUGUUCAUUAGUAUUAAAUGUUAGCAUUGAUGUAGUAUCAUUAUAUCUGAUUCAAUAAAUUUUGUCUUGUAGGCAGCAUUUUUUCCUGAUUGCAGCUGCUAUAGUUCAUUAAGCUUUGAGAUCAACUCAACAUUGUGGAGGAGCUUAUCAUGUUAGAAGACUGCCGCUCUGUUUUAUUUCCAUUUACCAAAGUCUUAUAAUUUUCUUAAUUCAUCUCAAGGAAAUUAUUUAAUUCUGUGUGUACUUGGUCCGAUAUUACGCAAAAAGAAACAGAGUUUAUCUGUGUCCCAAUCACAUCAUACAUGUAUAUCUUUUUCAAAAAUUGGCCCUUCAAAGGGAUGAUUUAAAAGAAAUUUCAGAUAUAACUCUUCAAUUUUGAUUGAGUGAGUUGGGAUGGUAUUAACAUAACAUUACCCACCAUGAACUUGUCACAUGUAAAUACUGUGAAAUGUUCUGUGCAGAGAGUAUUUUUAUAUGAAAGCAAACAGAAUGAAGCAGUCACCCAUUCGCCAUGCUCUACCCAGAACAAGUAGAUAUGUUGUGUAACAUGUACUAAUAAAAUGAUUAAAUAA